AUAUAACUUCUCAUAUCGAGUGCCGACAUACUGCAGCAAUUACGAAUCUGAGUAAACCAGUAUUGUUGACAUGAAAAUCAUCUUUUGCUUGCUGUUUCUGGAAGUCUGCUUCAUUUGGAGGCUGUGCCAGGCUAAGUCUUGUCCACCUGGUUAUUACAAUCGUAAACGUCUUGGCUGCAUGGAUAUCGAUGAGUGUACAUCGUCACCGUGUGAUUCAUCCGCAAAAUGUCGCAACUUACGGGGAAGCUAUGAGUGUUACUGUGAUAAUGGGCUUAUCACCAUUCCUGGGAGCUCUGGAAUUGCGACAAUUUGUCAAGAGCGUAAAGAGCAUAAUCUUACAGAUAUUGAUGAGUGUAAGUCGUCACCGUGUGAUCCACCCUCAUUAUGUCGCAACUUAAUUGGGAGCUAUGAGUGUUACUGUGGUAAAGGGUUUACCCCCAGUCCUGGGAGCUCCGGCAAUGCAACAACUUGUAAAGAUAUCGAUGAGUGUACAUCGUCACCGUGUGAUUCAUCCGCAAAAUGUCGCAACUUACGGGGAAGCUAUGAGUGUUACUGUGAUAAUGGGCUUAUCACCAUUCCUGGGAGCUCUGGAAUUGCGACAAUUUGUCAAGAGCGUAAAGAGCAUAAUCUUACAGAUAUUGAUGAGUGUAAGUCGUCACCGUGUGAUCCACCCUCAUUAUGUCGCAACUUAACUGGGAGCUAUGAGUGUUACUGUGGUAAAGGGUUUACCCCCAGUCCUGGGAGCUCCGGCAAUGCAACAACUUGUAAAGAUAUCGAUGAGUGUACAUCGUCACCGUGUGAUUCAUCCGCAAAAUGUCGCAACUUACGGGGAAGCUAUGAGUGUUACUGUGAUAAUGGGCUUAUCACCAUUCCUGGGAGCUCUGGAAUUGCGACAAUUUGUCAAGAGCGUAAAGAGCAUAAUCUUACAGAUAUUGAUGAGUGUAAGUCGUCACCGUGUGAUCCACCCUCAUUAUGUCGCAACUUAAUUGGGAGCUAUGAGUGUUACUGUGGUAAAGGGUUUACCCCCAGUCCUGGGAGCUCCGGCAAUGCAACAACUUGUAAAGAUAUCGAUGAGUGUACAUCGUCACCGUGUGAUUCAUCCGCAAAAUGUCGCAACUUACGGGGAAGCUAUGAGUGUUACUGUGAUAAUGGGCUUAUCACCAUUCCUGGGAGCUCUGGAAUUGCGACAAUUUGUCAAGAGCGUAAAGAGCAUAAUCUUACAGAUAUUGAUGAGUGUAAGUCGUCACCGUGUGAUCCACCCUCAUUAUGUCGCAACUUAACUGGGAGCUAUGAGUGUUACUGUGGUAAAGGGUUUACCCCCAGUCCUGGGAGCUCCGGCAAUGCAACAACUUGUAAAGAUGUGGACGAGUGUGAGGAUGAAGAUGUGUGUGGCAAGAAUGCAACCUGUGUUAACUCCUUUGGGAGUUACCAUUGUAUCUGUCAGCCAGUUGCAGAACAGACAGGAAAGACCUGCACAGUGCAACCGCUCAACUGUCCCAACCCAGAAAAGCCAAACAAUUCCACCCUCUCACAGUGUGGUGGGAAGCAUUCACAAACUCUCAAACAGACAAACUCGGAGGGUAUUGGGUCUUGUUCUGCAAUGGAAGCAGCUCACAAAUUACUUAACAAAGUCUGUCAGAAUUUCAGCGUCACAGGGGAUCUCCAGGCUGUCACAAACUUGACAAAUGGUUUCCUCAAUAGGAAUUCACGGCUGCAGAACAUGACGACCAGUCAGCGGUUAAAUGUCGUAGCGACCAUCUUGGAUCUUGUGGAGAAUACAGCAAUGGCUAUCGCUUUGACUUUGCCCAGAGGAGAAACAAAGUCAAUCUCAGCAGACUCUUUUGCUGCCCAGAUCCAAGUAUCUGGUAAUCAAAGUUUACCAGACGACUUGGUAAGAAUCGAGAUCUGGAAUAACACCAUGGAGAUAAACUGGAGAACAGUCAUGGGAGCAAAGAACUCUGACUUUGCUGCAGUUGCCUUCUUUGUAUUCAGCGACAUGGAAUCCCUUUUGACCAGCGAGAUCCGUAAAGAUGGGGUGAAGCAAUUGGAGGCAACUGAAGGAACAAGCUGGUUAAACUCAAAAGUGGUAACUGCCAGAAUCAGUAACAAAGCAGCCAGUCGUGGACUGACAGAAAUGGUCAAUUUUACACUGAAAUUCAACCAGGAUACCAACGAUCAUGAGAAGGCCAAAUGCGUUUAUUUGAAGAUAACAGACGGGGGAAGUUUCUGGUCCCCUGAGGGCUGCUUCCUGAUUGGUUCCAGUGGAAGCUCCGUAAUGUGCCAAUGUGACCAUCUGACGAGCUUUGCUAUUUUAAUGUCUCCGAUUGAGAUUGAGGAAAGCUGGUCCUUGCUGCUGAUCAGCACAGCCGGGCUCACAAUAUCUCUGCUGUGCCUCGCCGCCUCCAUCGUUGUGUUCACAAAGUGCCGCUCCAUCCAAAAGGCCAACAUCAUCGUGUACAAGCACCUGAGCAUCAACCUCUUCCUGGCACAGCUCAUCUUCCUGACAGGAAUCCAUGUGACAAACAAGGUGGUUUGUGCCCUGGUUGCAGGUUGCCUACAUUACUUCUUUCUAACUGUCUUUGCCUGGAUGCUCCUGGAUGCUUUGCAGAUCUUCAUUGUGUGCAGACACCUCACAGUCACAAAGUUCACUCACACAUACAUCAUCAGACGGAGAUACCUGUAUCCUUCUGGCUAUGCUGUCUCUGCGCUGAUUGUCAUUAUAUCGGCAGCAAUCUAUCCCUUCGGCUACGGAUCAGAAAAACACUGCUGGCUAAGCCUAGAGCGGGGCUUUCGAUGGAGUUUCCAAGGGCCAGUCUGUCUUGUGAUUGUGGUGAAUAUGGUGUUGUACAUCUGGACACUCUGCUUACUGAGACAUCAUUUGUCUUCACGUGACGUGAAUGUGUCAAAGAUUAAAGACACCACGACCCUGACCCUUAAGGCAGCUGCACGAUUGUUUGUCCUGGGAAUCACUUGGAUCUUUGGAAUAUUUCAUUUCAACGAGAGCACCAACUUCCUCUCCUACCUAUUCACUAUCAUCAACACUCUCCAGGGCCUCUUUAUUUUCAUGGUCUACUGUGUUUCCAAUCGCCAGGUGAGGGAUGAAGUUCAGAAAUGGUUCAUCAGGACAAGCACACACUCAACCAGCAACACCUCAAAUGUUCAGAUGAGUUCUCUUGAGUGCCCACAGCAGCAUAUCCUGGAUCCUCAUGCCCCAUUCUCAGAGAUGUCAUGGUGGGAUUGGAACCCUUCUCCCUGGAAAAAUUGGAUCUAA